CGCCAGCAGCCACCCAUCCCCCAAACCUUCAUUCAUUGUUUAAAUCGCUCCAUUCUUUCUCCUCCACAAACAGUUUCUGAUUCACCAAACAUACAUACACACUGUAUCUAUCUGCUAACAGGAGCCAUGCCUGAAGGAAUAACACCUGAAAAUCUGAUGAACAACAUCAUGGAUACGUUCUCUGAUAAGAUUCAUAAGCAGAAUUCCGGAUCUUUCUCUGUGGAGGAGAAAUCAGUUGGUGCCCAGUUCAAUAAGCUCUUUGGUAGACAGAAGCCUAUUCACAAUAUUUUAGGGGGUGGAAAAUCUGCUGAUGUGCUCUUAUGGAGGAACAAAAAGAUAUCAGCAAGUGUCUUAGGUGCGGCCACCGCAGUUUGGGUGCUUUUCGAAUGGCUGGACUACAACUUUCUGCCUCUUGUGUGCUUUGGUCUGACUAUAUGUAUCAUUGGUCAGUUUAUUUGGGCACAUUUACUGGGCGGGUCUCCACCUCGUCUUGUUCUCUCCGAUGAGUUACUUGAGAGAAUUGCUACUACAGUAGGGGGUGAAGUUAACCGUGCUUUGGGUUUCCUUCAGAGUGUGGGUUCCAGAGGGGAUAUCAAGCAACUGGCAAUUGUUUGUGGGAGCUUGAUAACUGCUGCAAUAAUUGGAACCUGGUGUAACUUUUGGACUGUUAUUUAUAUUGGUUUUGUUGCUGCCCACAUUCUGCCUGUUGUGUACGAGAAGUAUGAUGACCAAAUUGAUAAUGCGGUGUAUAAUGUCCUGGGAAAGCUUCAGAACAACUAUAGUAAGCUGGAUGCUAGUGUGCUAAGCCGAAUUCCAAAAGCAACAGGAAAGAAGUAUGCAUAGUUGUGUUCGAGAAUGUUAUGUAAGUUUAACAGUUGCCAUUGUAGACUGUUAAUGGUGUAUUUAUCUGCCAUUUGGUAAUAAAUUAUUGCUAUUGUGAUACUAAAAUAUUAACUUGGAUAUAUCUAACUUUGAAUAUAAACGCCCUUUCAUUUUCUCAAA